UUCUCCAUUUAUAAAUCUCCCCAUCCUUCUCAUCUUCAUCAGGAAAAAAAAGGCAGAGCAAAACAAAUAACAAACACCACAACAAAUUAAACCCCCCACCUCCCCAUUUAUUCCCUUCAACAUCUCAUCAUACCACACCACUAGCUCCAAAAUGAGAUCAACGAAGCUCUGCCUAUUUCUCCUCCUCAUUGCAGUCGUCGCCGCUCCACUUUGCCUUGCCUUAUCCGACGACUGGACUCGCUCCUACGCUGAUGUCCCCGAUUAUGACUUUACGAACAGCAAUGAAGACAGCCGAAGGUUACUUUUUCAAUAUGGAUUUGCUUAUAAAUAUCCAAAAAAUAAGUAUUUGGGCUAUGAUGCACUUAGGAAGAAUAAUAUCCCCUGCCGCCAUCGUGGUAGAUCUUACUAUGACUGUAAGAAGCGUAAGAAGGCCAACCCUUAUCGUCGUGGCUGCAUUGCCAUCACCGGCUGCGCUCGUUUCACCGAUUAAAUUGUUUUUUUAAAAAAUAAUCUGUAUUGAGAUUGUUUUUUGAUUUAUUGUGGGAUCGGUUUGAAUGUUUUCUCCCUAUUUUAUUUUUUGUGAAAUUUUAAUUUUGUUUUAUAUUAUUUUAAAGUUUUCCGUCCAUUCGGAAUGUAAGGAUCGAUCAUAUAAUGACCUCUAUAAAAUGGUUAAAAUAUAAUUUUCAUUCACUCAA